ACCUUUUUUAUUUUCUAUUCUACAACUCUUCCUCUUUCCCCUCAACUUCCUUACUAUAUCCUCUUUUUAUGCCAAUUGAUAUAUAUCUUUCACCAUGUCUCUCGCCGCUCUCACUCGCCCAUUGGCAUCUCGAAUGCUCUGCCAACGUCUUCCAGUAACCGUUGCGGCUCGCCGAUCCAUUCCCGCUUUUCCGCGGGGAACAACCAUCAGAAGCUUUUCGAGAAGUUCGCAAUUUGAGGUUAAGAAGUAUACCGAAUCUCAUGAGUGGGUUGAGCUCGAUGGUAAUGUCGCUACAAUUGGAAUCACCGAAUAUGCCGCCAAAUCCCUCGGUGACGUCGUCUACGUCGAACUUCCCACCGCCGACCUCGAAGUCGCAGCCGGCGAGCCCGUCGGUGCUGUCGAAUCAGUGAAAUCUGCCUCAGAUGUGCUUUCGCCCGUCUCCGGAAAAGUGAUUGACGGUAAUGCCGUGUUGGGUGAUAAGCCCAAGACCAUCAAUGAGAGCCCCGAAGGUGAAGGGUGGAUUGCGAAGAUUGAGGUCAAUGAUCCCAGUGAAGUGGAGGGUUUGAUGGAUCAGAAGGCGUAUUUGGAGUCUGUUGAGGAUCAUUAGAUACUUGUCCCAUCCUUGUCUCUUUAUGAAGUUUUUGGAGGCUGUGUUGUUCUUUUGGCCUGUCAUAUGCAACGUAGACGGUUGCUAGGAUUCGAAGUCAGGCUCUGAUUACUCGCAGAAGUUGUUGGGGUUACUAAUGUUUCAAGUAAUAGAUUCACAGCUGAGAUUUCAACAUGAGCUGUAUGACAAGAAAAUCAUCAUGUACAAAUUGGAAAAGAGUUAUGUCUAUUGGUAUCGAAUUAUGAUCUAAAUACAGUAACAUCACUUAGUAAACGUAUUUAUACAGGUGGAAUCGAUUCACGGCAAAUCGGACACUGCAACCUUAACCUCAUCCAACUUUCCAAACAUGUGCUAUGAAAGAUAUGUCGACACGGCGUCACCAUAUAUGCCCUUCGGCUCAAGAUACUACUUGCACCAUCAGUCAUGCUAGAUGCUCCAAUGCCAUUUGGAGAUACAAUAACAGGGACUUCGAUGUCUUGCAUGCAUAUAGCACAAUCAAAUAUUUUCUUCUUUUUAUCCUUGGGUCGUGGUGGCUUGUCUGCCUGACCGCGACUGCUUCCAGCUGUAGUGCUUGGUGUAGUGGUAUCUCUUUCUUCGGCGCGAAGGUAGCCGAUAGGUAG